AUGGACUACAAGCUCCCCUCCACUCAGGAGGACCCACCAUUAGGGGACAAUGGCAUCAAUAACAACAAUGUCGAUGAAGCGCAUUGUGAAUUAAUCGAUUCUCUGGAUCGCCUUACUUUAGCGACAGCGACUCCAUUACCUCCAUCACCUCGUAUCUCUUCUAUUCCAUCCUAUCUUCCUCCUAGAUAUGUUCAAGCCACUCGAACUGUACCUGUUAUUCCUUUGCAGUCAAAUCAACCUGUUCAGUCUGUCUCUUUACAAUCAAAUCAGCCCGUUCAACUUGUCUCACCACAAACAGCCGGUUCUGUUUCUGUUCAAGACGAACGACGCUCAAUUGCUCCAUUACAAAAGCGCAAGUCUGCUGCAUCUCUUCGAUCCGUCUCCCAACCGCUCAAAUCAUCUUCUCCAACUCCUAAUCAUUCACGUCGUACAUCACUCACUUCUGCGGAGUCCCCAACCACCGCAACUUUCCCCGCGAUGCACCCCGCACGCCUUGCUUUUAGCCCAGCUCUAGAAGCUCCAAUUCCUACUGCUUCAUCUGUCGCCGCUGAGCACUUCUCAAAAGAGCUUGAACUGCACCGAUCUGGUGAUGUUAAUACUCAAACUGCUGUUAUUAUCCAUGAUGACUGCUAUGGCCAUCGUUACUCCCAGCUUGAAUCGACAAAACGAACCCUCGAGAGAAUUGUCGAACGACCAGAGCGCAUCCGCGCCUGUGCUGUAGGCAUAUCUGCAGCCUAUGUUCUCAUUGGCUCUCGGUAUGCGGAAGGUCUUGUGCAAAACCCAAAUUUGGGCUUAAACAGCAUCAAUGUUCCUUUCCAAAUCAUCAAGACUGAUCGCAAAGUGCAUUUGUCUGAUACUGCUGUUACGGAUGUCCAUGGAACCCAAUGGAUGUCAGAAUUGAAAUGGAUGGGAGAUCGUGCAGAGUCACGUCUCAUCAUUGAUGGUAAUGAACUUGCCAGACAACGGACAGAAGAACACGACGGUCUCGGGACAACUGGUCCCGCCCUGAAUGCCAACGACCUCUACUUGUGUUCAGAAUCUGUGAACGCCUUCCAAGGUGCCCUAGGAGGAGUCUGCGAAGGAGUAGAUCUUGUUUUCAAGCCUGGUCCAAUCCAGCGCGCGUUCGUCUGCAUUCGACCUCCCGGUCACCAUUGUUCAGCCAACUUCCCUUCCGGCUUUUGCUGGAUCAACAAUGUUCAUGUCGGAAUCUCUCAUGCAGCGACAGCACACGGUCUAACCCACGCUGCGAUCCUUGACUUCGAUCUUCACCAUGGUGACGGGUCUCAAGACAUUACAUACGAUCACAACUCCAGAUUACUCAAUAAGACACAAAGGACAAAUUUGGCUAAAGCUGAUGCCACAAAAUUCAAGGAAUAUGAAGGUGCUCCCCCAUACUCCAAAGCAGCAAUCGGUUACUACAGCUUGCAUGAUGUGAACUCUUUCCCUUGCGAGACUGGCGAGCGCGAAAAAGUCAUGGGUGCCAGCCUCUGUCUCGAAGCACACAAUCAGUCCAUCUGGAACGUUCAUCUUGAACAGUGGGCCGAUCUUGAUGAGUUCUGGAGAUUGUACCAGAAUAAAUACAACGCAUUGCUCACCAAAGCCCGCUCCUUUCUCCGACAACGCACAAGUGAGCUCAACCAAGAGCAAAAAGAGAAUCCGAAUUCCCCCCUGCCCAAGGCGGCAAUCUUCAUCUCUGCCGGGUUUGAUGCCAGUGAGUGGGAAGGCAACAGCAUGCAGCGGCACAGCGUGAAGGUGCCAACCGAAUUCUACGCCAAGUUCACUGCGGAUGUCAUCCGCAUGGCGGAAGAGGAAGGCCUCGGUGUAGAGGGGCGGGUGAUCAGCGUUCUCGAGGGCGGCUACAGUGACCGCGCCUUAUCCUCUGGUGUUCUCAGUCACCUCUCAGGUCUGACUGAGAAGUCAGAGUACAAGAGUGAGUGGUGGUCUCACAACCAGCUGAGAGAAUUGGAUGCCAUCAUGGCUCCAGCGCCCAGCAAGGGGCGCAAAAAGAGUGCUGCCACCUACCUGACAGCCACCAAGUCCUUUGCGGCAAAGGCCGUCGUCCCCGGACGGAAGUCCACCGGGGACUUCGAUUCCAACAGCCCCGCUCCAUUGCCAGAAGUGAGCUGGGCGGCGGCCACCGGGGAGCUGUCAAAGCUCAUAAUCCCCGAUGGCCGCCAGACCCUGAGCUGUCGUCCGGCGGAGCUGAACCGGCAGCGGCGAGAGCAGAACGCCCAGGAUGGGGGACUGGACAUCCCCAUCCCCGAGAAGGGGCGCCAGCUGCGCGCUCGCAAGCCGAAGGAGGCGAGCCCCGUCCCCACCACCCCACGACGCCAGGUGCGCAAGGGGGCGAAGACCCCAAAGACCACCACUGCGGCCACGACCCUCCCUGCCGCCUCCAGUGAGGCCUCCCCGUCUGUUGGUGCCUCCCGUCGGAGCACCAGUCUGACGCGUGCGGGAACUCCCCGCCGGGGUGUCAGCCCCCUGAGCCUUCCCCCCGUUCCACAGAUUCCAACUUCUGUGGGGGGAGGCAGGGGCGGCACCCGGAUAACCCUCAACAUGCCGGCGCGGGACGGUCGUGGUCGCAAGUUGUCCGGCGGUGCGGUUGACCACCACCGCCGUGGUCGAGGUUCAAGAUCCCCCAAAAAGGGGAAGGGGAAGGGCAAGCGGGGGAGCAACUCCGGUGGAAGCUCGGGUGCUUCCGCCGGCAGUUCUCCCCUGGUCACGGCCAAGGAUGCCGUGAUGGAGGAUGCCUAG